AUGAGCCACGAGCUUCGAUCGCCUCUUCACGGUAUCCUUGGCGCAGCAGAGUUUCUCAUGGACACAGCAACGGAUGCUUAUCAAUCUGGUCUCCUGACAUCAAUCGUGACCUGCGGAAGAACACUUCUGGACACUCUCAACCACGUUCUGGACUACAGUAAGAUCAAUAAGCUCGGAAGAGUUCAAAUGCGCAGGCAUGCGAAGCAGAACAAGGCCAUUAAUCUGACGUCGGACUCAUCGAUGGAGAGCCUGAAUAUGGUCGCCGAAGUCGAUCUGGGUGUACUAAUCGAGGAAGUCGCAGAAGCUGUCACCGCUGGACACUCUUUCAAGAGACCAUUGGGCGGCGCUGUAGGUGGCAAGACGUCGCGAAGCGCUAGCAGCUCGCGGGAGCCUGUCAGGACCAAGGAGAGCAAAGAAGACCCUGCGUCGUCUUCAGGAGAGCUUCUCGAUGUCAAUGGCCACGUUUGCGUGCUCUUGGACAUCAGCCCGCGACGAUCAUGGUUCGUUCGCAUACAGCCUGGAUCGCUGCGUCGGAUCAUUAUGAAUCUGCUAGGCAAUGCCCUCAAGUACACAUCGACUGGCUUCGUAGCCAUUUCUCUGCGUGCCCAGGAGGACCCAAACAGUUCGAAGGUCAAAUGCCUGAUCCGUGUUGUUGACUCUGGUAAGGGUAUGUCCGAGUCUUUCCAGCGAGAUCGAGCAUUCCUUCCAUUCUCACAGGAAGACCCGUUCCAGCCGGGUACUGGACUAGGGUUGAGCAUUGUCAAACAGAUCGUUGACUCGUUGGGUGGAUCAAUCGAUUUGACUUCUCAAAAGGACGUCGGAACAGAGGUCGAUAUCCGCCUGAGUCUCACGCCUGCCGGCGAUAGUCCUGUUCGGCCACCAGACCAAGAGAUGAUUGACAUCGCAGAACGAACAAAAGGUCUGCACUUGGUCCUUCUUAACGUCACGCCAGCUGGCCAGACUCGCGGUCCGGAUCAUCACAUCUCACGACUGGAGCAGACACUUCGGGAAAUCUGCACCAAUUGGUUCGGUAUGAAGGUCACCACCUCAUCGGAGAUGGAAGUCGAUGGUGCCGACCUAUAUUUGUUUUGCGAACCACCGCCGAUUGAGGAACUACUCGACCGACAUGCCGAUACGAAGGCACUCUCGCGCCGAGGCGUACCGAUCAUUUUGGUCUGUAUGAACGAUGAAGACGCUAUGUCGAUAUCACGAGAUCAAUCAACGGCUCUCAAGCAAUUAGGGAGAAUUGUUGAGGUGAUACCACAGCCUUGCGGCCCUCGAAAGCUCGCCAAGGUGUUCUCGCACUGCUUAAGAAGAGCACAAGAAGUUGCUGAAGAGACAGGUGAACCCACUCCUGAAGCCUCUAUAAGCUCUCUGCCGAUGACACCCGCUGCAGAAGAGCCCGCUAAGCAAGACCUUAGUAAGAGCAUGUCCUGCGCGAUCUCAUAUCCUUCGCCAACGCCGUUUGAUCCAGCAACACCGUCACUACAAUCGUCCCUCGAGCCGCAGCCCAAACUGCCCGUUAGGAAGGACCACGAUAGCACGGCUUCAAGCUCGGGCUCACAGUCGAAGGACGUAUCUGAAGCGCCCAGCAGAGCACGUUCACCAGACCCCGCCUUCCACAUCCUACUGGUCGACGACAACAAGAUCAAUCGACAGUUACUAGUCAUGUUCAUGAAGAAAAACAAAUUCAGCUACCUCGAAGCCGAAAACGGACAGGAGGCUCUAGAUAUCUACGAAGCAGCAUGUCACGUCCCACUAGCUCCCGCCGACGAAAGCGACCACGCGACAGACCCAGACACAACAACUCGACCAGCACCUACCCGCCACGACUCGCACCUUCCCCGUCGCUUUGACUUUGUGCUGAUGGAUAUCAGUAUGCCGGUGAUGGAUGGGAUGGAAUCAACUCGCAAGAUUAGAGAGUUUGAGCAGGAGCAUGGGUUGAAGAAGACGAAGAUUAUUGCGCUGACGGGGUUGGCGAGUGCGCAGGCGCAGAUUGAUGCGGCGAGUGCUGGGAUUGAUCUGUUUCUUCCUAAGCCGGUUAAGUUUGCGGAGUUGAGGCAGUCCCUUACGGAUGAGUCGUGA